AUGAGGUGCCCUGAGACUGAAACAUUUCCUGUUCCCCAUGAGUGGUACCAGUCAGGUGGCCUCAUCAUCGGUGGGAUUGCUUCUCAGUUCUAUUAUUGCAUCAUUGAAGAUUUAUUCAAGGAAAACCCUUCACAGAAUCUGUUUGAUGAUAAUCCACACAUGGUAACAAAAUUCUACCAGCACAUCCUGGCCUUGGCAUUUGCUGUAAAAGUGAUCAAUGAGAAUCCAAACCUCUUGCCCAAUGUCACCCUGGGGUUCCACAUCUACGACAGCUAUUAUGAUGCAAGGAUUACAUAUCGUAACACUUUGGACCUGCUCUUUAAAAUGCAUAGAUUUGCUCCCAACUACAAAUGUGACUCACAGAAAAACCUCAUAGCCAUCAUCAGAGGACUUAGCUCUGAUACCUCUUUCCAUAUGGCUGAUACUUUAAGGAUCUACAAGAUUCCACAAAUUGCAUAUGGUUCAUUUCCCCAAGAGGAGAGUGAAAUAGAUAACUUCCUUUCCUUUUACCGCAUGGUGCCCAAUGAAGCUCAUCAGUAUAUGGCGAUCAUCAAUUUGCUCCAGCGUUUUGGAUGGACAUGGGUUGGACUCUUUGUUACUGAUGAUGAAGGAGGAGAAAAUUUUUUGCAGACCCUGGAGCAAUUGCUCUACCAGCAUGGAAUCUGCUCAGCCUUCACACAAAGAAUUGAAAAAGUAGCUCGUUUUGAUAUGUUGGGUGAAUUUUUUGAGUUGCUUGAUAGGUAUUAUGUGGGUCUCACAAAUGACAAAGCCAAUGCAUUCAUCGUCUAUGGAGAUUCUCAGACAUUGACCUGGCUGAGAUCUGUUAUAUUUCUACGAGAUCCUGAAAAUAAGGAAAGCUUAACAUUGAGAAAAGUGUGGAUCAUGACAACUCAAAUUGAUUUCCUCCACUAUUUUCUGCAAGACAUUUUAUUUAACAACUCAGCAGGAGAAACAAUAUCCUUUAAUGAAAAAAGGGAAAUGAGAGGUGGACUUGACAUCACGAACAUGAUCACCUUCCUAAACAAGUCCUUCUUUCGAAUGAAAGUUGGAUGUGUUGAUCCUGAUGCUCUUGAAGGAGAAGCAUUCAUCAUUCAUGAAGAUAUGAUUGUGAUUCCCCUUUCACUAUGUAAUGACCACUGCCACCCUGGGAAUCAGAAGAAAAAGAAAGAAGGGGAAAAGUUUUGUUGCUAUGGUUGUGUUCCAUGUCCAGAAGGGGAAAUUUCAAACCAUGAUGAUAUGAAUGACUGCUUCAGAUGCCCAAAUGCUCAGUAUCCAAACAAGAACAAAACUGCCUGCACUGAGAAAAAGAUUACUUUCCUUUCUUAUGAAGAACCUUUAGGGAUCAGUUUAGCAUCAUUUGCCCUUUCUCUCUUCCUCUUCACUGCUUUGGUGCUAGGAACAUUCAUUAUGUACAAAGACACUCCCAUAGUCAAAGCCAACAACCGGGACCUCACCUACUCUCUCCUUGUCUCUCUCCUGCUCUGCUUCCUCUCUUCCUUGUUAUUUCUGGGUGAACCUAGCAAAGUCUCCUGCCUCCUCCGGCAACCAACAUUUGGCAUCUUCUUCUCAAUGGCUGUUUCUUGCGUGUUGGCCAAAACUGUCACUGUAGUUCUAGCUUUCAUGGCUACCAAGCCAGGGUCCAAGCUAAGGAAGUGGGUAGGAAAAAGUCUGGCCUACUCAGUUGUGAUUCCCUGUUCUCUUAUUCAAUCAAUUAUCUGUACUGUGUGGUUGAUGACAUCUCCCCCAUUCCCUGAACUGGACAUGCACUCUUUAACAGAAGAAAUCAUUGUGCAAUGUAAUGAAGGCUCAGUCACCAUGUUCUAUUGUGUCCUGGGCUACAUGUUCCUCUUGGCCAUUGCCAGCUUUGUUGCCGCAUUUGCAGCCCGCAAGUUACCUGACAGUUUUAAUGAAGCCAAGUUCAUUACCUUCAGCAUGUUGCUCUUUUGCAGUGUUUGGCUGUCUUUUUUUCCAGCCUACCUGAGCACAAGAGGGAAACACAUGGUGGCUGUGGAGAUCUUCUCCAUCUUGUCCUCCAGUGCUGGGUUAUUGGGCUGCAUCUUUGCCACUAAAUGCUACAUCAUCAUUCUGAGGCCUGAGCUGAACAACAGAGAACAACUUAUUAAAAAAUGUACUAAAUAA